AUGCAGGUCCCAUCUCAUCUUGCCCUGGCCUUGUCUCCAGGAUUGCGGCGCAAGCAGCUGAUGUGGAAGAAUGCGGUCAAGCACAUCAUUAGCCAGCAUGAGCUAAAGAACCAGUACGGUGCCGAGCCAGCUCGCAAGAUUAAUGUCACCGACGUCUACAUUGAGGAAAUAAACCGUCAGAUACGCAGCAAGAUGUCACGUGGUUGCACCAAACGCCGUUCCUCUGUUGUCCGUGUCCAUCCGUCCUUCUUUAGAGAGCAGAACUCUUCCAACAGCACGCAGACAGGUGUAACUGCUGAGUUUGCCAGUGACGCUGAUUUUUUUGUGCGCUGGGGCCACACAGUUCAUGGAGUCUAUGUCCCGACUCUGAGACACACCUUCAAAUCUCGCGACUUGGAGAAGCUUUACCAGAGGCAUUCCUCACACACCAGACGUACCUCGCUGGUGGUCACAAACAUUAUAGAUGCUGCAGCAAAGCUGCACCUACUGGUUCUGUAUCUGGCUCUUGCCCCAGAUGGAAUAAACCAACUACAUGCCUGGAUUACUAGCUUUUUCAUGGUAUUUGCGGUACUGCUUUGUGUUCUUGUGUUCACCUGCAAGCGUUCCCAUUUCCCAGAGUGGCUGCAUUAUGCCGGCAUGGCUAGCUGGCUGUCACAGACUUCCCAGGUGCUGGUUAGGCUUGGGUACGGGCUAGAGAAUGACCCAUCCUGGUAUGUACUGUUCACCCUGUUUGCCACGUACACACUUCUGCCAUUACCGCUGCUGUGGGCAAUGGGGGCUGGCUCACUAACGUCAACACUCCACCUAAUUGUGGAGACCGUACAGCACUUUGAUGAAGUUGGACUUGCGAGAAAGAUUCUUGCAAAGGCCUUGCUAUAUAUGAGUAUGAACACAGCUGGGCUAUUCAUCCAUUAUCUGAUAGACCGGGCUCAGAGACAAGCCUUCCUCGAGACUAGGCGCUGCAUUGAAGGCCACAUGAAGCUGGAGAUGGAAAACAAAAGACAGGAGCGUUUGGUGUUGUCUAUACUGCCUCGCUUUGUUGCCUUGGAAAUGAUUGCUGAUAUGACCUCUGUGGAUGAUGAACUCAUGCCUCAGCAGUUUCAUAAGGUCUACAUCCAUCAGUACACUGACGUCAGCAUCCUCUUUGCUGAUAUCAAGGGAUUUACCUCGUUGUCCAUGACAAUGUCUGCACAGGAGUUGGUGCGCACCCUGAAUGAACUCUUUUGCCGUUUUGAUCGUCUGGCUGAGGAACACCACUGCAUGAGGAUAAAGAUCCUUGGUGACUGUUACUACUGUGUGUCUGGAGUCCCAGAACCACAGAGAGCUCAUGCUCAGUGCUGUGUAGAAAUGGGUCUGGCUAUGAUCAUCACCAUACGAAAUGUGCGAAAGCAGCUCAAUCAUGACAUGGACAUGCGUAUCGGGAUCCAUUCUGGCUCUGUUCUGUGUGGGGUUCUGGGCCUGCAGAAAUGGCAGUUUGAUGUGUGGUCCUGGGAUGUUGGCAUAGCCAACAUGCUAGAAGCAGGUGGUAUCCCUGGCCGUAUCCACAUCUCACGCGCCACGCUGGACUGCCUGGGUGGGAGCUACGAAACUGAGGAUGGUUGUGGUUAUGAACGCAGCGAGUUUCUGCGCAAACACAACAUUGACACUUUCCUCAUCUGCCCCAGGGAGGAGGAAAACUCUGUAGAGGCGGAGCCUUCCAAAAUACGCAUGACCAUUCGCACCUCAAACACAGACAAUAUAUUUGGCAGCAUUAACAAUAUGAGCAGUAUCUUGGCAUCAUUCACAAAUGGCUCUCUGGUGCAGCUGCCCAAAUCGAGAAACAAAUAUUCCAGUGACAAAGAGAUUAAUAAACGGAUAGAGCAUGCCAUUGAACUGCGCAGCAGCGAGCGUAUGCACCAGGAGCACAUCAGUCCAUCCACGCUGGUGUUCAAGGACGCAUACAUUGAGAAGAAGUUCUCGCAGAUGAGAGAUGAAACUUUUAAGUCUAACCUGGUCUGUUCCUUCAUCAUUCUGCUCUUCCUCAUGGGAGUCCAGGCCCUUAUCCCUGCACCCAGGCCAUAUUCCAUCGCUGUUCAGUUCUGUGUGGUUCUGCUUGGAUAUCUUCUGUUGCUAGUGAUGGCUCUGGCUGAGGAGUUCAAAUAUUUCCCCAAUGCACUUCAACGAUUUUGUUGCUGGAUUCAUGAGAACAACUUUAUGCGUUCUCUGCUCACCAUCACUGCCAUAGCCUUGAAUUUCGGCAUGGCUUCUGCUAACAUGGUUUGGUGUAACUUCAUGCAUGAAGAUGUGGAAAGCACUGCUGAGACCAACCAAAGACCUUUAACUGUCUGCACUUAUCCUGAGUUUUUUGUACUGAGUGGCGUUGUUUCCAUGGUUACCUGUGCAGUGUUUAUAAGACUCAGCUCCCUUUUAAAGCUCACUGUCCUGUUACUGGUAGCGACUGCCUAUACUUACUUUGUUGAAGUGGCCUUUCAUACACUUUACGUCAAUCAACAAGAACAGGAGCAACUCUCCAGAUCCCACUACCUGAGGAGAAAAGGCAUCUCAAUUCUGUUAAUAGCGAUGUUUGUGUUUGCCGUGUUCUACAACGGGCGACAGUGGGAGGCUACAGCCAGACUGGACUUCCUGUGGCGUCUGCAGGCCCAACAGGAAGUGGAGGACAUGCGAGAGCUGAGAGAGCAGAAUGAGUGUCUGCUGCACAACAUCCUUCCUGCCCAUGUUGCUCAUCAUUUUCUGGACAGGAACAAGAACGAUGAUGAGUUGUACGCGCAGUCAUAUGACGAGGUAGGCGUGAUGUUCGCCACCAUUGCCGGCUUUAACGAGUACUACGAGCAGAAAGAGAUUCGACAUGAGGGUGUAGAGUGUCUCAGGCUCCUCAAUGAGAUCAUUGCUGACUUUGAUGAGCUGUUAGAAGAGACAUACUUUUUGGAUAUUGAGAAAAUCAAAACCAUCGGGAGCUGCUACAUGGCAGCAUCUGGCUUGUCACCUAAUAAACAGACCAGAAGUAACAGCGACUGGCAUCACCUGAGCGAACUGGUUCUUUUUGCUCUGGCAAUGCAAGAGUCCCUGAGGGGGAUCAACAGACAUACAUCCAACAACUUCCAGCUACGUGUCGGAAUCGCACAUGGACCUGUUGUUGCUGGGGUGAUCGGCGCUGCUAAACCCCAGUACGAUAUCUGGGGGAUGACGGUAAACCUGGCAAGCCGCAUGGACAGUGCAGGCAUCAGUGGGAGGAUCCAAGUCCCUGAACCCACCAAGAAGAUUCUCUCUGACUGGGGAUUUGUUCUGGAGCUGCGUGGAGAGAUCUUCAUUAAGGGCGUUAGUGAGCGCCAGGGACGCUUACGCACCUACUUUAUCAACAAUAGCAGGGUGCAUCGGACCGUAAAUGUAUCCAACAAAGGGACAAAGACAGCCAGACGUGACGUAGGGAGGAACACGCUAGCUUCUGUAGUGUUUAGUCUCCUCCGGGCCAUCCAGAAAGAAAAGCAAAGCGGCACUGCUGGACGAUUCUCACUGUCCACCCACAACAUGCAGUGUUAGCAUGAAAUAAGAUAACUGACCUGAUCUGUGAAAUGAGCUGAACAUGUUACCUUCACCCUUCAAGAGAAAUUUACA